AUGACUGGUGAACCGGUGAGAAACCUGACCUCAGUGAGCCUCAAGUAUAAGGAGUUGGUCAGAAGUGAGUAUGCAUAUGUGACAGAGUAUAACUCCCUCCCUGGUGAACAUGUGCUGCUGACUGACCGCUACACUGAGCUGCUGAUCAUUCAGAGACACAGAGAACAGACUGAGAGAGAGGAAGAGAUUCGCUCCAGAGGGGAGAAGUUCUUCAGUGCCAGAGACAGUGAGAAGUACAUCAACAUCACUGUGGAGCAGUUUUUCAGUCCAGAUGAUCAUGGACUCAUUCCAAAAGCAGUUGUUCUCCAGGGAAACUCUGGAAAUGGCAAAUCCUUCACUGCACAGAAGAUUAUGUUGGACUGGGCAUCUGGAACAGUCUAUGCAGAAAAUUUUAAUUUUAUUUUUCACCUGAAGUGUAAAGAGAUUAACCAAAUUUCUGAGGUGAAGAGUCUGGUGGAGCUCCUGAGAUACAGUCAGAGUUUAACACCAGCACAGAUCUCACAGAUAUUACAGCACUCACCAGAGAGAGUUCUCUUCCUCAUAGACGGCUUUGAUGAGCUCAAACUCUCACAAGACAACAUGUCCAACUUGUCUCCUCCCCUUGAUGUCCAAACUCCAGCCUCACCUGAGUCCACUCUGAAAGCCCUGCUGAGUGGACGCCUGCUGCCUGAGUCCUUCCUGUUGGUCACCACCAGGUCUACAGCUACAGACACACUGAGCAAACUGCUCAAAAAACAGCCCCAGCGUUUCACAGAGAUUAUGGGCUUCUCUGAGAGGGGGGUGGAGGAGUACUUCCAGAGGUUCUUUAAAGAUGAUCAGCUCUUACAGACACAGGCAUAUGAGCUUGUGAAGGCAAAUGAAACCCUCUUCACUGCCAGCUUCAUCCCUGUGAUCUGCUGGAUCAUCUGCACAGUUUUCAGGGAGAGACACAAUGAUGGCAAAAAUUCGGUGCAUGAUUUGGAAACAACCACCUCCAUAUAUGUUGACUUUGUGUCCAUUCUGCUGGAGCACCACUGCCAGGGUUUGAGUCAGUCUGUCCCCAGCCUGCUGAGGAGUCUGGGCCAGCUGGCAGAGAGAGGGAUGCUGGAACAGCAAGUCCUGUUUGAUAAAAAGAGUGUGUCUGAGACAGUCUCAGAUCCUGCUAACAUUCCAUUCCUGUGUAAGUUUCUCUUCAGGAGGAAAAUCCGUCAAGAGACAAUGUUCAGUUUCAUGCAUCUCAGUUUUCAGGAGUUCUUCACUGCUCUUUACUAUGUCCUGAUGAGUAAAGAAGAGUCUCAAAUGAAAGUUAAGGAUUUGCUUCGACCUUUAAAGACAUCAGGGUACCAAAAUUAUAUCAGCACAGAGAAACUGCCCCUCCUGCCAGUGAUCCAGUUUCUCUGUGGUCUGUUUAAUAAAGAUGUGAGCAGCUCUCUCAUGGAGUCACAGAGUUUGUCUGUUUCUGUCACCAUCCAAGACCAAAUAAAGGAAUGGAUCCUUAACUUCCUUAUGAAAAGGGACAUGUCUCGGGCUUGGCAUAUGAGGAUGUUCAUUCUCCACUGUCUUUAUGAGCUCCAUGAGGAGGACUUUGUGCGGAAAGCUAUGGACAGAUGGGAGAAUGUUGAUCUUUCCGGUAGCUCCAUGAGGAGGACAGACUGCUGGGUGCUGCAGUACUGUCUGCAGUUCAGUCCACCCACCACAAGCCUGAAUCUCUCUCGUUGCAGUAUAACAGCUGAGAAACUGAAGAUUCUUCAGCCUGCAGUGUGCAGGAGUCAGACACUGGUGUUGGGGGUAGAGGACCUGUCAGAUGAUGAUGUUGGUGUUUUGAUCUCAGCUUUGGGAGAAGGAAAGGAUUUGAGUUGUCUGAGUGUGGAAAACAGUGCUCUCUCAGACCAGGGUAUACAGCAGGUUUUUGAUGCUCUCAGCAAACAGAAGAGUUUAGGUGCGGUUAACUUUAUGGUGAAGACCAUCACCACCAACACUGUGGUCAUGAUCACAAAUUUCAUCCACAAUAAAGACAUUAAAAAGGGAAUAAGGUUGACUGUUGAAGAUGAUAGAAAAAUGUUUAGAUUCUCAGAGAUCUCCAGCCCACUGACUGAACCGCCACUCCCAGGCAUCAGUCUCGCCUGUCCACACUCGGAAAUAUCCAACAUCGACUGGACAACAUUCAGCCAGAUCAUUUCCGAAAUAAAAGAUACACAACAAAUUUCCACAGGGUUUGAUGAGCAGUUGGAUGCUCUGCUGUCUUUCCUGUGCUCUGUGCCUGGUUUGAAGAAGGUUUAUCUGACUGUCAGGAGUCUGACGGACUACUGGGUCUCUGGGACCCUCUGUUUGAUGGAGACUUGCCCCAGUCUAAUACAUGUUAUUGUGGAAGUCAUAGAUGGAGACUUCAGGAGGAGAUGCACUAAACCCACUGACCAGUGCAGUGAACCCAAGGACUGGACACACAGCUGUAACCAGGGAGUGAAGCUUCAGUUUGGUGGAGAGUCCUCACCAUACCCUGACAAGUAA